UGAAAACUGGCGUGAGGAUAAGGCUCCCGUGUAUAUAUAAUAUGUGUGGAAUAUAUUCUUUAUAGUGUGCAUCAUCCUCCACUUCCUUUUUCCUCUAGCCGCCAAAACCCCUUCCAAUUAAUACCGGGCACGAUAUAAAAGAGUGCAUUCCGCGGAAAAAAAUCAUCAGUCCAUCAUCGAUCCAAAAGCCCAUCCGACCAACAACCAUCAGCAUCAAAGAGAUCAACAAUGAAAGUACUCGUCGCCGUAUCCGCCCUUCUGGCCGUUGCCCAAUGCGGGGUAAUCCAUCACGAGUCUGCAGAUGGACACACCGCUACUUCCUACCAGAACUUCCACAUGGAGCACUUCCACGCGGUCCCAACCUACAUCAAGAAGGAGGACAAGCAGUAUCUGGAACAUCCUAUUUCGAGGGGAAAGACCUCUUCCAGCGUGAAGGUCCACCACGGUCACGAUAAGCAUGAUCCGGGCUAUGCCACAGCCUCAGUUCAAUCCGAUUUUGGCAAAGGACAUCAGGAAUCAGGCGAAGUUCAAGGAAACUCGGGUAGCCAAGAGCAAGAGUACGCUUUGGCCGCGCAACAGUACCAGGGACACGAGAACGGUUUGGCCGCCCAAUAUCAGGGACACGAGAACGGUUUGGCCGCCCAAUAUCAAGGACACGAGAACGUCGAAGCUGCUGGACAAGGUUACGAGGAAGCGCAGAAGUCCUACGAAGCCGUCCAGAGCGGAUAUGAAGGACACGGGCAGGAGGAGUACGAAGCUUCCGCUGAUCAAGGUGCCGAGCAUCAAGCUCAAGAGGAUGCGGCGCAGGCCGAUGCCGCAUUACAGCAUUACAUCACCGUUCCAGCUAGGGGAGGACAAGGUUUAGGCCAUUACCACUAAACUUCGCACUAAUAUUAACAAUUUUAGCUAAUUCAAUCAUCUAACGUUCACCCCAUUUUUUUUGUUAUUAUUUAUUUUGUUAUUAUGCCAAUUUGUUGAAGUAUACACGAAUAAAAGUUACGUAUUUAUCGUAC